AUGAGACGGGGUCACUCGAGGCUACUGUCCACGAGGGCGAAAGCGCUGUUCAAGCUGUCCCAGCAUUAUGCUGACGUCGAUACGAGUGAACAACACGACCCGGAACAGAACAGUUUGGACGUUCUCUUGCGGUUGUUGCCAAUUUCGUACUCCUCGGAUACGUCCAAACUGUACACCAUUCCGCUGACGCUGAAUGAAUGGGAGAUUUUGUUUGCUGUAUGCCAGCUGGUCCCCAAAACAUCGGAAAUUGCAAAAGAGCUACUGAACAACAUCAUUUCAGCCUACUUUUUAGCAUCUCCAAGACAGAGAGUCUCGGAUGUUCUAUAUGCGAAAUUCAAACUGAAUCAUUGGAAGAAUCCAAACGAGGUGUUGACGUACUACUGUACGAGAUUUCUGAUCACCGCUGCUUCAAAGUUCCCAGAAUUAAACGCACUUUGUAUUGACCUGGUCAAAACAUUCUUUGCAAACGUAAGGAAGCUAUACCUGGUGAAGCAGAGCGCAUUGUUUUCCCUUUUAGGACUGAUGAAUUCCUUCAUAACUGAUAGUUCAACUUUGGAACUGACUAGAUACGUUUGGUCGGAGCUCGCGCAGCUGUUUGGACAAGAAAAUUUCAGCAAACAGAUCAACGAAAUGUUGAUUGGACCAACUUCAUACACCAACGAAGCGAUCGUUCAAUAUUUCGAUAAUGGGAGAGAAAUAUGUGGCAGCCUCUUCGUGAGUACAUUUGCGGAAGUUCAAACCUCUUUGAUAUCCCAUUUGAUAUCAAUUCCACAAGAUCCAGAUACGGAUCAAACAACACGCCUGUCGGAGUAUCUCUUGACUCAGCAACAUAUGAACUUCAAAGCGGAACAAAUGUUCCGGCAAGCUUCAAGUGACGACAGUUCAUCAGAGACCACGCUGGAUGCUGGGUCUCAGAUUUUAGACGUCAUAAAUUCUCACAGGAGUUUCUUCACAGAAGCGUGCAAACUUUCUGUUGCGAUGUGUUCAAAACCAGAGAGCAACGUCGAUUUAUCCAGUCAUGAUAGAGCCAUGUUUCACUUUAACGGUAUUGCCAGCUUUUUUGAGACUUUGUGCCUGAUUCCAUUUAUGGAAGAUGAGGAACCUGAGUUAUUCAGCUCGUUUGUGAAGCUGGUCGGUCACGCAAUCGACAAAUACCUACUGACCGAUGUGAUCAGUGACAAGUUACCCUCGGCAGUUGUGGCUGCUGCGUCGAUACUCAACUUUCACACUGAACAGUUGUCGGAACAACUGUUACGGGCUUUCCCACUUCUAGUGGGCUCAGAAUAUAUGACCGAGUCAUCAGUCGUCAAACUAUCCAAGAUUUUCACCGUAGGAUUACAAGCGUUGAAUGAGGAUUCCAUAGUGAGCACCAUUUAUUCAAUCAAUAAUCUCUUAACUCUGUCAGAAGAUAGCUCUCCAAAGAAAGCCAUAAGAGAUCGACAAUUAACAAUGACCUCAAUGCCUUCCAAGGGAAUAAGCAGUGAUAUUAGGUCUGCUUCAAUGAAGGGGAUAGGAAAGAAACUGUCUCGCAAUUCUAUGAAAUCGGCACUUGAGAACGAUGUGAAUACUCCAGGAUACACCCUUCAAAAGGCCUUACUUACCAACUGUGUUACGACAACGACUACAAUUGCCUCUGAAUAUAGUAAUCCAACAAUCACUGCACUAACUGUCUCCAUACUUACACAAAAAGCUUCGGUUUUGCCCAGCAAUUUGAAUGGAAUCAUUAUAACGGCACUGGCUAAAUUGGCAGUCGAUACAGAAACUACAGAAUUUACAUCCAUACUAAAGUUCCUCCUCCUGGUUUACAAUACAGCAGUCAAGAAGAAUGAUUCCAAACUAGUACAAUCAGUGGCAAGCGCGAAAGCUAUCAUAUCUAAGGACCUUCUGUCGAAGAAAUACUGCUCCGAAAUCUACUAUAUUCACCUGAAUGACAUAUUGGAUACAUUGAUAGACAGCGGUGAAGUAGAAAAAUUGGAGCACCAUAGAUCCCAUCAAGAAAUCUCACGCGUUGCAGACCAAAUGGCUUUCCAUUUGCUGUCCCUAGCAGCGCUGUUACCAAAACCAGGGGAGAAACCCUUUGAUUUGAGCACUAACGAAACUUUGACAAACAAAUUUAGAAACGUCUGGUUUAAUAUGGUCGUCCAUGGGUUCUUCUACGGUUCGGACACCGUCAGUGCCAACCUAACUAGUCUAUUAACAUUGGCUUAUAAUAGCCCGCCCCUUGCAUCUGGUUUUCCAACCAAUAACAAGGAAAUGUCCUUGGAAAUGAAUACUGUUUUACGUCGUGGAUCUUCAACUUCAAAUAUGAAGCAACAAAGAAACUUGGUAUCUGUUUAUUUGAAUGCUAUAGCUCUUAAAGCAAAGACAGUGUCUAGUUCGAAGGUUUUAUUUCUUGCUGCGACGUUGUUACUGGAAACCAUCAGAUGCGAGGCCGGUGUCUGCAGCAAAAUACUGAAGUACCUGUCAGAUCCUGUGAUAAUCUCGAGUAAUAUCGAUAAAUCUAUCAUUCUGAUAUCCCAAACUUUAAUCAAAAAGUAUGUCCAUCUGGCGCAAUUAGGAAGUUCUCGUUUAUUCAAUUCCAAGACAAUAGCUGCUCAAUUGACAGCUAUCCCUGUGUGCCUUGUGGAUAAAAACGUAUACUUACAGGAAGCAGCAUUCUUGUAUUGUCAUCAAUUCAUCAAACAUAUCCCUUCAGCGUUGUGUCACCAUGAAUCCCUGUACACUCUUUUGGAUUUGAUGAGUACGACCUUUGACAGCAUUCUCGAUUGUGAAGUAAACAAAUUUAAUCCUCGUUUUGAGUUUGCUUUGGAACACUCGCCUGCCAAGGUCUUGUUUCCAGCGUCCAAAGAAUGGCGUAUAGCAACACACAAGAAGCUGAAUCAGGCUGCCAGGGAAUGGGUUAGAUACCUGUUGAGCAGAGCAAAUCAAGAUAUCAAAAUACUUCUGCAAUCUUACAUUUCUGACUUCAGUCAAUUCAAGCGAGUUAACAGUGUCAAAUUUGGUGUUUCCUUUGCUGUUGACAUAGCUGGUUCGAUUUCUUCUGCUGAUCGAGAAUUGUCUAACGCUCAGUACGCAUUUCCAAAAAAAAUUGACACGGUUUCUGGCUUUAUUUCCCAACAUUCUUGGAGAUCCAAGUAUCUCGUUGACACCGCAAUUGCCUCUUCCACUGCAGAUAUUGCAACAAAGGUUGUGAUCAAUGCGGCUGAUAUUAGAUUAAAGCUUCUAACUAAGAGAAAAGUUUAUGAAAACGAUAUCACAAACUUUCUGGAUAUGUCCGUCUCUUUGUUGGUAUUAGGAAACUCGGAUGCAGCAUCCUUAAUUUAUGACAUUGUUCAUAUACCUUUUGAGGUAUUCACUUCGUUUUCUUUAAAAGUCGCAAUCAACGUGUGGCUCACAAUAGUUAAAGAUAGAUCUGAUCUAGCGCACGUAUUGCUUGCUGAAGUGUGUUACUGUUGGAUUUGCUCAAUUGAUGAGAAGAAGGGUCUGUAUUCAAAAAGCAACGAAUUGAUUAGUGAGGAAUGUCAAAUGAUGGAAUAUUCACCAUAUGACAAAAAAGAUAUUGAUCGAAAUGCAAAGGCAGCAUCCAAAGCUAUGCAACCGCAUCGGCACCUAAUUGAUUUUUUUUCAUCACACUUUGAAGGAUCUUCGUUGCAGAGUGACUUCUUAUUGAAGAUUUUUACAACUACGCUACUUUAUGCUAUGGAGAAUCUGGAUGCGGCUUCUUUACACCCUUUUGCUCGUAUGAUUCGUUUUGAAUUACUGAUUCUCGGAGUCAAUGUUAUGAGCGAAAACGUGAAGCAAAAGACGAAACACGUAGGAAAGCUAUGUCGCUCUAUCAUCAACGGUGGUUUGAGCUGGUUUAUGAAACCCAAAUCGUGGCCAUUUGGCUCGAAUUUACUAAAAAUCAGGGCGGAUAUAUCCAUCCUUCAAGAGUUCUUCGGAUUGCUGUCAAAACAUGUCACUAUUUUCAAAGAGUACUGUCGUCCUGAGUUCGUGUUGUUGGAGUUUUUUUUAACAAGUGAGAUUUAUAUCAUAGCCACUUGGUUGGAGCCGCUUGACAACAUUGAAAAUCCAAACUCAAAUAAAUUAACCGAAUUAGUGGUCGUGACUGCAUUCCAGAAAGAUGCCCAACUCGCUGCAAAUAUAGUCAGUCGUUACCCUGUGUCUAAACUAGAACAGUUUUUGACUUCGUUAGUGUGCAAAUAUCCCCUUAACUGUGUCAUGGUACCAGAAUUUGUUGAAAGGUUCCUGGGAGGCACCAAGGCUAAGAAAAACGAGCUAUACCCGAUAAUGUACUGGUCUUCUGCAACUCCUUUGAAGGCUAUUAAUUUGUUUUUACCUAAAUGGGAGACUAACUUCUUUGUUCUUCAAUACAGCGUAUAUGCUGUUGAAUCGUAUGAUGUGAAUGUGAUAUUCUUUUACGUUCCUCAAAUUGUACAAUGUCUGAGAUACGAUCGUACUGGGUAUGUUGAAAAGUUAAUUAUUGACACCGCUAAAAUUAGUGUACUGUUUGCUCAUCAAAUUAUCUGGAACUUACUGGCAAACUGCUACAAGGAUGAUGAAGGUGUUAUCGAAGACGAAAUAAAACCAACACUUGAUAGAGUUCGGAAUAGAAUGGUUAGCACGUUCAGUAAAGCACACCGGGACUUUUAUGAAAGAGAAUUUGGCUUUUUCAACGAAGUUACUGGUAUAUCAGGUAAACUGAAGCCGUAUAUAAAGAAAAGCAAGGCAGAAAAGAAGCAAAAAAUUGAUGAAGAAAUGAGCAAAAUCGUCGUGGAACCUGGUGUCUACUUACCAUCAAACCCGGAUGGUGUUGUUAUUGGGAUUAAUAGAACCAGUGGGAAACCCUUGCAGUCGCAUGCAAAGGCUCCAUUCAUGGCUACUUUUAAAAUCAAGAAGAAAUGCAAGGACGCUAUUACGGGUGAACCUGUAGAUAUUGAAAAAUGGCAGAGUGCUAUUUUCAAAGUGGGUGAUGAUUGUAGGCAAGACGUUCUGGCUCUGCAGUUGAUUUCACUGUUCCGAACAAUAUGGUCGACUAUUGGGCUGGAUGUGUAUGUUUUCCCUUACAGAGUUACUGCCACGGCGCCUGGUUGCGGUGUCAUUGAUGUUUUGCCGAACUCGAUUUCUCGUGACAUGUUAGGUCGUGAAGCUGUUAAUGGACUUUACGAGUACUUUACCAGUAAAUUUGGUCCCGAGAGUAGCAUUGAAUAUCAGAAUGCUCGGAACAACUUUGUGAAAUCGUUGGCUGGUUACAGUGUGAUAUCGUACCUGUUGCAAUUCAAGGAUAGGCACAACGGUAACAUUAUGUACGACGAUCAGGGGCACUGUCUGCACAUUGAUUUUGGGUUUAUUUUCGACAUUGUCCCCGGUGGUGUUAAAUUUGAAGCUGUUCCGUUCAAGUUGACGAGGGAAAUGGUCAAAGUAAUGGGAGGAUCUAGUGAAACGGCUGCUUUUGCAGAUUUUGAGGAGCUUUGUAUCAAAUCCUAUUUGGCAGCCAGGGCACACAUGGACUUCAUUAUUGAAUGUAUCACGCCAAUGUUGGAUAGUGGGUUGCCAUGUUUCAAGGGCACCAAAACUAUCAAAAAUUUGAAGAACAGAUUCCAACCUGGGAAAACAGAUCACGAGGCAGCACUGUACAUGAAGGGUCUGAUUAGAAAGAGUUUUGAGAGUCUGUUCACGGUUGGUUACGAUGAGUUCCAAAGACUUACAAACGGGAUUCCAUAUUGA